CGAAGAGUACGCAAAAUAUAUUAAGGACAAUGUCGACAACAUCAAGCCGCGCAUGAGUUCAAUGGAAUCUUCUUCGAUGAUAGACCUAAGCCUAAUCUCAAAAUUGAAAAUUGAGGUGGGCUAUAAGAAAGUCGGAAGUGCAUGACCUAACAUUUAAAAUGAGGGCAUUGGAGUCAUCGCUCCUCCUGAUGAUUACGGUUGUCUACGAGGUACAAAUACAGCAAAUGGCAGCUCCAGAGGGUUUGUAAGUUUUCCAUGGUUUAAGGGGAGGCGGAGAGCUAACUUGUUAAUUAAAUGGCAAUAACGAUGCGCCAAAUUAAGAACUUCGUGAAGGAAGCAAAAGUUAUAGUUUUGUGAGGAUGCACGACCAAGACUCCCAAGAAGAAGAACUCAUUCGCAAGAAAGGCGUCCUAGAAGAACAACCCCUCCGCAGGAAAGGCUCACUGGCUCUCCUCGAUCUCCAAUGCCUCCUAACGAAGGGAUAUCUAUCAAUGUCGCCCCACGUAACCAAGGAAAGGGCAAAGAGCGUGGACCUCCAGAGGCUUCUGACGAGUAUAAAAUAGUCAAAGGCCGAGUGUCUCAAACGGUCGGCACCAAUUCCAAACCUCGAAGUCGAACUAUCAGCGCCAGGCUAUACCCUAACUUGCCCAUGUACGCCAUGUCUCGAGACUUGGCUGAACAGUUGGGUCUGGACCUCACUGCCGUUGAUAGCAACAGCUUAAGGACCUCGCGGGUGGUUGGGUCACUUGAACCAGAGCUUCAUCAUAUCGUUGGACAUGUUGUGUUCGGGUGGCACAUGCCUGCAUCUUUUCUCUGGCCCCUCGCCCUGGGCCAGCCUUACAUACACCAGGUUAAAUAGGGAGGGCGCCUUCCAGGAGGGGAUGCUCGGGAGCUGCUGCAGGUUCGUAAGUGGGGAGUAAUUAUGGGCAGUUAUGUGAUUUUAGAAAUCCCGAAUACAAAGAUGAAGG